AUGAUUAUUCCUGUUCGUUGCUUCUCAUGCGGCAAAGUCAUUGGUAACAAAUGGGAUAACUAUUUAUCUUUAUUACAAGCAGAAUAUACCGAAGGUGAGGCAUUAGAUGCUCUUGGACUUAAGCGUUACUGCUGUAGACGUAUGGUCUUGACUCAUGUUGACUUGAUUGAAAAGCUUUUGCAUUAUAACCCCUUGGAACGUACUAGAGAUCGUGGACGCUCUUAA